AUGGCGCCCCCGAAACAUGUGGCAGAGGUGCCACGGAGUAUCCUGCCCCGUCUGACCUGGAACAGCUCUUCGACUCGCCCGACCCUUACACCCUCCCACCAUCCCGCCCUUGCAACAAGACAGCAACGGCGCCUGGGCUGGAGUCCACUCGCCCACCAGCUGCAUUCCCUGAGCGCAGAUCACCCGCCUUCUCAGUCCUUGUCCUCGAGCUGCUCACCUCGCGACACCUCUACUACCAUCGCGCGACGGACUUUGACCUCAUCCUCUGCCACCCGUCCAUCUCCAGAACCUCUCGGCAACCCUGUCCGGCACAAUGGCGUAUAUGUUGCAACAUUUAAUCCAGCUCGGCGCGCCUUCCAUGCGACUCCAGCUCGGCGCCGUGAUCACCACUUUGAUACUUUGAAAUUCGUCAAGCGGCUCCAGGAUGAAGGGUUCAGCGAAGAACAGGCCGUAGCUAUGAUGCGGGUCUUGAACGAUAUCAUCCAGGAGUCGGUCCAGAACCUGAGCCGGACCAUGGUCCUUCGAGAAGACUCGGAGAGAUCAACAUAUACGCAAAAAGUCGACUUCGCCAAACUGCGCUCCGAACUCUUAAAUGCAGACUCCACCGAGGCACAACUAACUCGCUCCUCGCACGAGAAGAUCGCAGCGGACCUCGCGAAGCUCAAUUCACGGCUGCGCGACGAAAUCGGUCGCACACAGGCCUCGGUCCGGCUAGAUCUCAACCUGGAGAAGGGGCGCAUCCGCGAAGAAGCCAAUAGCCAGGAGAUGCGAAUUAAGGAGACGGAGACUCGCAUCGAACAGGAGGUGGCUGGCUUGCGGGAGCGCGUUGAGGCGGUCAAGUUCUCGACGCUGCAGUGGCUGAUGGGUGUUUGUACUGGUACCGCGGCCCUGAUUCUUGGUGCCUGGCGGAUAUUUAUGUGA